GAUUAAAAAGCAGAGCAAGAAGACACAGUUACCAUGUUACCAUGGGUCUCUCACCUGUGGAAUUAAUUAUUGCUAUGGCGAUGAAGGAUGACACGUCAUGUUUCCACUGAUUUGUAGAUAAACAAGCCAUGCUGCAACCUCACUCAGAUCACACUAGCCCAGGAUUCUAACCAGUUGGUCGUGAAAGACAUUGUCCUCCUAUCAGCACCAUGCCAAGCCAACUCCAGAGUGCCAUGGACGCACUUAUAACAGUUUUCUACAAAUACUCCGGGAACGACGGAGACAAAUACAAGCUCAACAAGGGAGAGCUGAAACAGCUACUGAACAGUGAACUCACUGACUUUCUCAUGUCUCAGAAAGACCCCAUGCUGGUGGAGAAGAUCAUGAAUGAUCUGGACUCCAACAAAGACAACGAGGUGGACUUCAAUGAGUUUGUGGUUCUGGUGGCGGCCCUGACCGUGGCCUGCAACGACUUCUUCCAGGAGAAGCAGAAGAAGAAAGCCAACUAACAGUUAAAUCCGAAAUGGCUUCCCCUUGCCUAUUUAGUGCACUUCUAUUGGCCAAAGCCUCAUAGGGCUAUGACAGGUCUAAAUAGGGCUCUGGUCAAAAGUAGUGCACUGCAUAGGGAAUAGGGAGCCAUUUCAAAUUGGCCCGUGGAUAGAAAUAGAAUUAGAAACCAACAGAGGUAGAAAGUAACGAAUUACAACCACACCCAUCAUGCUGAACAUUGAAUACUGUGAUCACUUCUCAAUUCCCCAUGGUCUCAGUGCUACUAAAACCACUACACUAUAUGUUUGUCAACAGCAGAAGGAGAUUAGACUAAAGUCGAAAUCAUAAAUUAACAUACUUUUGCUAGAAAUAGGAUACUUCUGUCCCUCUGACGCAUCAAAACAGAUGAUUUCAAACAUGGUGUCACACUACCCUGAGUGCCAGACUGUUUCAGCUCUUAACAACACUUCUGGCCAGAGAACAUAACCACAGAGAUCUGGCUAGAGAACAUAACCACAAAGAUCUGGCUAGAGAACAUAACCACAAAGAUCUGGCUAGAGAACAUAACCACAGAGAUCUGGCCAGAGAACAUAAACAGAGAUCUGGCUAGAGAACAUAACCACAAAGAUCUGGCUAGAGAACAUAACCACAAAGAUCUGGCUAGAGAACAUAACCACAAAGAUCUGGCUAGAGAACAUAAACACAAAGAUCUGGCUAGAGAACAUAACCACAAAGAUCUGGCUAGAGAACACAAACACAAAGAUCUGGCUAGUGAACAUAACCACAAAGAUCUGGCUAGAGAACACAAACACAAAGAUCUGGCUAGUGAACAUAACCACAAAGAUCUGGCUAGAGAACAUAACCACAAAGAUCUGGCUAGAGAACAUAACCACAGAGAUCUGGCCAGAGAACAUAAACACAGAGAUCUGGCUAGAGAACAUAACCACAAAGAUCUGGCUAGAGAACAUAACCACAAAGAUCUGGCUAGAGAACAUAACCACAAAGAUCUGGCUAGAGAACACAAACACAAAGAUCUGGCUAGUGAACAUAACCACAGAGAUCUGGCCAGAGAACAUAACCACAGAGAUCUGUCUAGAGAACAUAACCACAGAGAUCUGUCUAGAGAACAUAACGACAAAGAUCUGGCUAGAGAACAUAACGACAAAGAUCUGGCUAGAGAACAUAACCACAGAGAUCUGGCUAGAGAACAUAACCACAGAGAUCUGUCUAGAGCAGAAACAAACUGGUACCCAAGCUAUUGUCACAUACUCUGAGGUGAUAUCACAAUAACUGUCUGCUUGGUUAGUUCAAUAAUUGAUUCAUUCUGUCAUUCAUCCACCUUUUCAUAGAUUUUUGCAAUGUAUUGUAACUAUCAAUGUGUCACAUCUUGCAAAGAGGGAGGAGGUGGGUGGUUAUUUCCUGUAAGUCAGAGACAUACUUGAGAAUGUUCCUUCCAUUCUAAAAUGUGCUUGUUUCAUGAAACCCUUUCUGUCACUUAAUGAGACAUUUAAAUCUAAUUACAAUUGCACAAGCAUGUUUAUUAUUCAUUAUUCAUUUGCCAUCACAUGUAAAUGAUUGACAGCAUAUAAUCAUAUGAAAAUGAUUAGCUUGACAAUAUUUGUUUUAUAUUGUGACAGUAACACGGCAUAAUAAAGUUCUGGUACCCAA